AUUGACAGCACCCGCUAUGAUUGCCGAUCUUUAAAGAUUCAAUUUAAGCAAGCAGAGCGAACUGAGGUGUUCACUUGGAGUCGAGGAAGACGAUGGGCUCUCUAGGUUUUCUCCACUCACCUGCUCUUGGGUCUAUACCACUUCAUUCCUCAAGCAAGCCUUCAAGAAAGAACCAACACAUUGUCAAACAGCUAGUUAGAGCCGCCAAUGGGUCUCAAAAAUUGCUUGAACGCCAAACCUUCCUUUUUGCAUCAAGAAUUGCAAUACACAGGAGGGUGCAGCACGGUUCCACGAUCUCAGCUCUUGUAACAGAUGACAGCUCGACAAUGACAUCAACCGAGGAAGACACAGACAAUAUUUAUAUCCUGGGCAUUGAUCCAGGCCUGGAAUCAUUUAGCGACCACUUUGGAUAUAGAAUGAAGAGAUAUGUCGAUCAGAAGGCACUUCUUGAGAAACAUGAAGGAGGUCUCGAGGAAUUUUCACAAGGUUAUCUUAAGUUUGGAUUUAACAGAGAAGAAGAUGGAAUUGUGUACCGUGAGUGGGCUCCUGCUGCUCAAGAAGCACAACUCGUUGGGGACUUUAAUGGAUGGAAUGGUGCCAACCACAAAAUGGAAAAGAAUCAAUUUGGUGUUUGGAGUAUCAAACUCCCUGAUUCUGGUGGAAUUCCAGCAAUUCCCCACAAUUCAAGAGUCAAGUUUCGAUUCCAGCAUGGUAAUGGAGUUUGGGUUGAUCGCAUCCCUGCUUGGAUUAAAUAUGCCACUGUUGACCCUACAAGAUUUGGAGCACCAUAUGAUGGUGUGUAUUGGGAUCCACCUCCUUCAGAAAGGUAUCAGUUUAUGUAUCCCCGUCCUCCAAAACCCAAAGCCCCACGAAUAUAUGAAGCUCAUGUUGGAAUGAGUAGCUCAGAACCCCGCAUUAAUUCAUAUAGAGAAUUUGCUGAUGAGAUUCUGCCUCGUAUUCGAGCAAAUAACUAUAACACAGUCCAGUUGAUGGCUGUGAUGGAGCACUCCUAUUAUGCAUCAUUUGGGUAUCAUGUUACGAACUUUUUCGCUGUAAGCAGUAGAUCCGGGACUCCAGAGGACCUGAAGUAUUUAAUUGAUAAGGCCCAUAGCUUAGGCCUACGAGUAUUGAUGGAUAUCAUUCACAGUCAUACAAGUAACAAUGCGACUGAUGGCCUCAAUGGCUUUGAUGUUGGCCAAAGCUCACAGGAGUCCUACUUCCACACUGGCGAUCGUGGUUACCAUAAGUUAUGGGAUAGCAGGCUCUUUAACUAUGCCAAUUGGGAAGUUCUUCGCUUCCUUUUAUCCAACUUACAGUGGUGGCUUGAAGAGUUUAGAUUUGAUGGCUUUAGAUUCGAUGGAGUAACUUCAAUGUUGUAUCAUCACCACGGAAUAGACAUGGCAUUUACGGGGAAUUAUAACGAGUAUUUUAGUGAGGCAACAGAUGUCGAUGCUGUUGUCUAUCUGAUGCUGGCAAACACUCUGAUUCAUAAUAUUUUGCCUGAUGCAACUGUCAUAGCUGAAGAUGUUUCUGGUAUGCCAGGGCUUGGUCGACCUGUCUGAGGGGGAAUUGGUUUUGAUUACCGCCUGGCAAUGGCCAUUCCUGACAAGUGGAUUGAUUACUUGAAGAACAAAUCAGAUGAAGAUUGGUCGAUGAAGGAAAUAUCCGAGAGUUUGACGAAUAGAAGAUACACUGAGAUGUGUAUAGCUUAUGCUGAAAGCCAUGAUCAGGCCAUUGUAGGGGACAAGACAAUAGCAUUUCUCCUAAUGGAUAAAGAAAUGUAUUCUGGCAUGUCAUGCUUAACCGAGGCUUCUCGUACUGUUGAGCGAGGGCUUGCACUUCACAAGAUGGUACAUUUUAUAACUAUGGCACUAGGAGGUGAGGGCUACCUUAAUUUCAUGGGGAACGAGUAUGGUCAUCCUGAAUGGAUUGACUUCCCAAGAGAAGGCAAUGGGUGGAGCUAUGAAAAAUGCAGACGGCAAUGGAACCUAGUGGAUACAGAGCACUUGAGAUAUCGGUUCCUGAAUGCAUUUGACAGAGCUAUGAAUUUACUUGAUGAUAAGUUUUCAUUUCUGGAGUCAACAAAACAGAUCGUGAGCAGCACAGAUGAAGAAGACAAGGUUAUCGUCUUUGAGCGUGGAGAUCUGGUUUUUGUGUUCAAUUUUCAUCCAGAGAAUACAUAUGAUGGGUACAAAGUUGGGUGCGACUUGCCUGGGAAGUAUAGAGUUGCACUAGAUAGUGAUGCUGGGGAAUUUGGUGGACAUGGAAGAGUGGGCCAUCAUGUUGACCAUUUCACAUCUCCUGAAGGGAUCCCCGGAGUGCCAGAUACGAAUUUCAAUAAUCGUCCCAAUUCCUUCAAAGUACUCUCACCACCUCGUACAUGUGUGGUUUAUUAUAGAGUGGACGAAAGUGAAGAAGAAAGCAAUGCUGCUAAUUUGGUGGACCCGACUAAGAUAUCAGCAGCGGAGGUUGUGGCUAAGCAGGAAAGUUUUGAAGCGGCUGCUCCUGUGGAAGAUGAGGAUCCCAUUACAAGCAAGGUAAAAGGCUUGGAAGCAGAAGAGACCUGAGAAGCGACUUCAAAUGGCUAACCAUCAGUUCGUUUGUCAAUAGUUUCAGUGCCGGCAAGUUGGUACAACUUGUGUGGAUAAAUAAAAGGAUCUGAAUUUGGGCUCUCUAUAUUUCCUUUAUAUAGG